UCUAUUUCAGUUUUUGACCAGCUCAGCUCGCAGAUAUAGUUUUGUUUCAAUGUAAUAACUCAAAUUCAUGUAUUUCUUUUUGUAUGUAUACUAAACGCAUGAAUGUUUAAAAACUCAGACUAAAUUUUAAGUCAGAAAACAAAUUUUUUAUCAGUCUGCGCGCCCAAAAAUAUAAUAAAACAAAAAUAAUAUUUAGUGACAAUGGUGAGUCCCGGUAGCGUUGCAAAACUAUUAGGCAGCUUCAAUGUGGCCACAAGCGUCUGGGUGAAACGUGUGAAUCCCGGUUGGUAUGAGGCGCGUCAAGUGCCGAUGACUCUCUUGCGUGAAAGACUAAUCGAAUUACCGAAGAUAAAUACCAGAAUCAAGCCCAAGCAAAAAGCUAUGCCCAAAUAUGUGAAGCCGAUGUCGCCAGCGCCUUUAAUGAUGCGUCAACUGUAAUUCAUGAACGCGUAAACAUUAAAACAUUGACAUGGAUUAAGACUUUUUUGAUGUUUGUACUGAGCAGAACAGAAAUAAUUUGUAUGUUAAAAGUAGUUCCAGAUUUGUUAAGCUGCAGCUGCAGCCAGCUACAAGUAUAUGUAUUAAAAGAUAUGCCAGCCUUGUA